AUCCAAAUACCAGUCGGGGCCUUUUUUUUUGUUAAGAUGAAUGCCAUUAAUGAGAGAUUUCACUCAUUCCAGCAAAGAAUAAAUUUUUAUGGGACACAAAAUUUUAAGUUAGUCCUUGGUGGCUGAUGUGCAUACAAUUUUAAAUCCUUGUAAUUAUAACAGACAUUUAUCCCUCGUAACAUUAUUAUUAUUAUUAUUAUUAGACAUACUUAAAAACUAACAAUGUUUGAUGCUUUAGAUGGAGCCCAGAACUGGGUGAUGGUAGCACCUGUCUGUUGGUGUAACAUUGGCAUUUUAUUACGCAAUGUCCUUUAGUUUUUAUAAAUGCAUUCAAGAGAGAUAGUUUUGCUUUUCAGGAUUGUGUAUGCAUCAAGUCUGCUUUGCUGUUACAUAUUCAUGAUUAAUAUUUUGUUUUCCACUCACUUUCACCACACGUUUUCUGAAUUUGUUCAAUAGUGAGUGAACUGGAUUUAUUCACUAUUGCCCUCGAGAGCUGUUAUACAGCUUUAGAAAAUUAAGAUAGAUACCACUUCAGAUUUCCAGACCUGAACUGUGUUGUAGCAUAUACCUGUGAACGGUGAAAGCAGUGGUCUCUUAAUGUUCUCCAAAGCUGUAUUUGUUCCUAAACACCAUCGGUAGGUCAUUAUCAUCUCAUUCGUGUGUAAAACAGUGCUGAUGAGCUGUGCAAGCGUUUUCCAUUUGUCUAGUUUAAUUCCAUCAGGAUUUACCAUUGUUUUGGUCCUGAUGGCCUUCCCAGGUUUCUAACAGCCUUUUUAACACACAUAGGUGUGUCUCAUCCUCUAGAGGAGCCACUCCUGAGCUGCAAUCUCAUUUUAUGUUGUGCAAAUUACAUAAAUGACAGUAAAUAAUAGCCACUCACCACAGCAUUUAAGUACACGUAGUUAAUAAUUAAAUUUGUGUGCACCAGAGCCACCAAUGACUUUAAAGUAUCAUGGAUUUCCAUAACAUGGAUUAAUAAUUGAGAAUGCUGAAGCUACUUAUGUACUUGUGUGUGAAAAUAUAAUGGGGAGAUGGCUUACUGAAAGGAUAUAAUUGUCUUAAUUUGCUAAUUUUCAUUGUCAAAUAUCAUGUAAUCUAUUGAUGUAUUAUUCCGUUUUUAUUUUAUUUAAAAUGAUUGUCAAUUUAAAGGUAAAGAUUUAACAAAGAACCUCAAUGUUUUAAUUGAAAGAGUCCUUUGCUGACUGCCUGCCCCUAUUGCUGGCCAUGGUGUCCCCCCUUUCCAAGAGUGUGGUUUGACCAUUCUGGGCCCCUGGGCAGACCAAAAAAGGGAGCCAUUGUGAAUGAAGACCGCUUUUCCCAUUAGGCCCAGGCCGGGUGGUGAGGAUGCCAUGGGGUUAGGAAGAGAUGUGGGUUCAGCUCUUAUAGGUGGAUAUGGCCGUUGGGGAAGAGACAGAUACGGUCCUCCAAUAAGGACAGAUUAUCGGCUUAUUGUUGAGAAUCUUUCCAGCCGCUGCAGCUGGCAGGACUUGAAGGAUUACAUGAGGCAGGCAGGUGAGGUGACUUACGCUGACACCCAUAAAGGCCGGAGGAACGAGGGGGUAAUAGAGUUCAGGCUCUACUCUGACAUGAAGAGAGCUCUGGAGAAGCUGGACGGCACCGAGGUGAACGGCAGAAAGAUCCGACUCAUUGAGGACCGUCCUGGUGCCAGGCGCCGUCGUUCGUAUUCUCGCAGUCGCAGCCGCUCCAGGUCUCGCUCCAGGAGCCGCAGAUCCCGUAAAAGCCGAAGCCGCAGUGAAAGCAGUAGUCGCAGCCGCUCCCACUCCAGGGCAGCCUCUCGCUCUCGCAGCCGAUCUCGAAGUAAGAAAAAUAAAGGUAAGAGUAAGGAAGAGGAACGCAGCAACGGUGCUCAGAAAAGCAAAGACCGCAGUCGGAGCAGCAGCAGCCGAAGCCCCAAGAGCAAAAAGAGCAAGAAAGAAGGAAAGAGGGUCAAGAAAGAGGACUCCCGGUCCAGAUCCAGAUCCAGGUCUCGCUCCAGAUCUCGUUCCAAGGAUCGCUCCAGGAAAUCCAGCUCAAAGGGUCGCGAACAGCCCAAGAGUGACGACGAGGGCGGCGAACCGGAGAGGGGCUCCCGGUCUCGCUCCACCUCCCCUGUCGAAUCCAAAUCUAGAGCCAGGUCUAAAUCAAAGUCCAAGUCCAAAUCCCGUUCCCCCUCGCCCGCAAAAGCCCGCUCCCGGUCCCACUCCCGCUCAGAGUCCCGCUCUAAAUCCCGCUCUAAAUCCCGUUCCAAAUCCCGCUCCAAAUCCCGCUCCAAAUCCCGUUCUAAAUCCCGUUCCCAGUCUCGUUCCCGCUCCCGUUCCCGCUCCUAGUUCAGAUUUGGGACUGUUUGUGAUGAGCCCUGAUCCCCGUGUCUCCCCUCGUCCUCCAUUUACAUUCCCCACGGCCCCCCUCACUGCCCCCGCCUCCUGUCUUUUGAUAAAUAGCUGUAGAAAACCAGGCACUCAUGCUCGGCGUCUUUUAUGCACACGCUCCUCCAUUUCAUUUGACUUUUACUCAACAUACUUUUUCAUUAUUGGUAGAGUUGUCUCUUAUGGCGGUGUUUGUAAAAUAACAGGGUGCAAUCUCAGUUUUAUAAGUUUAAAUGAUAUGUGUCUUAGCCUUUUUUUAAUCAGGUGUAGAAGCAUUCUGUUUUGUUGAUAAUGCUGGGUGGGAAUGUGUUCCGACAUCACCUCACCUCUAUGGAAUCCUUGUUAUCAUUUUAUUUCAGAUUAAAAAUGCCUCUUCGGGAUUUCUUACCGGA